UCUUCCAUCACAAGUUUUUUCCUUUAUUCUCUGCCCGUCGUCUCAGAUCUCUCAGACAAGCUCUGAGACUGGUCCUUUGGGCGCUCAAAUCUCUCUCUCUCCGCCAUGGCCGGCCGCUACGACAGUAACCCUUUUGCCGAAGAAGACGAAGUCAAUCCCUUCUCGCAGAAUCCUGGAAGUGUUGCUCCUGCCAAAAACUCAAGACUUUCACCUCUUCCUCCUGAACGUGCUGGUUUCAACUACGGCCUUGGUGAAACCGUUGAUAUACCUAUCGAUGGAAAUGCAGAUUUGAAAAAGAGGGAGAGGGAACUCCAAGCUAAAGAAGCUGACUUGAGAAAGCGGGAGGAGAUUGUAAAACGGAAAGAAGCAGCUGCCGCACGUGCUGGAAUUGUUCUGGAGGAUAAAAAUUGGCCACCUUUCUUCCCAAUUAUCCAUCAUGAUAUUGCAAAUGAAAUACCAAUUCAUUUACAGAGGCUGCAGUAUGUUGCAUUCACAACAUGGUUAGGAAUUGUUCUUUGCCUUUUCUGGAAUAUAAUAGCUGUUACUACAGCAUGGAUUAAGGGGGAUGGGGUAAAAAUUUGGUUCCUUGCUAUUAUCUACUUCAUAGCAGGGGCUCCUGGAUCGUAUGUCCUGUGGUACCGUCCACUGUACCGAACUUUCAGGUCUGAGAGUGCUUUGAAGUAUGGAUGGUUUUUCAUGUUUUAUAUGCUCCACAUUGGGUUCUGCAUCUUUGCUGCGGUGGCUCCUCCGAUAUUCUUCAAAGGGAAAUCUCUCACUGGCAUUCUGGCUGCAAUUGAUGUUCUGAGCGAACAUGCUUUGGUUGGGAUCUUUUACUUCAUCGGAUUUGGAAUGUUCUGUCUAGAAGCAGUGCUUAGCGUCUGGGUUAUUCAGCAAGUAUACAUGUACUUCCGAGGAAGCGGCAAAGCUGCUGAAAUGAGGCGUGAAGGAGCGAGAGGAGUCAUGAGGGCAGCACUCUGAAGCUAAAAUCGUGUACGGAGAAGAAAAGAUGGCGGACUUCUGUAUGUGAUAUAGGUUGUAAAUGCCCCUUUAGUUG